AUGCAAACAACUGGGAACAGUUGGCUGUGGACCUCCCUGCAUAACACCGAACCUUUCAUAACGGAUAACAAUAAUCGAAACACCGACCCGGAGAGGUGGCCAUCAUGCGAUUCAACCCCCCCCCCCGCAUCCUGUCAAUUUUCUUCGGUUUCAUUUUUUUUUCUUUUUCUCUUUCGCUUUUCUCGUUAUGAUUGCUCCUCUGAUGCUUUCUCCUUCACACAAUUUCUUUUUCCUUCUCUUUCUCUUUCGCUUUUCUCCUCUUAUUCUUUUCCCCUCGCACGGUUUCUUUCUCUUUCACUUUCGCUUUUCUCUUGUUACCUUCCUCCUCUUAUUCAAUCUCCUUCACACAGUUUCUUUUUCCUUCUCUUUCUCUUUCGCUUUUCUCUUGUUUUCCUUCCUCCUCUUAUUUUUUUCUCCUUCAUUUUCCUUCUCUUUCUCUAUCGUUUCUCUCUUGUUAUCCUUCCUCCUCUUAUUCUUUCUCCUUCGCAGCGUUUUUGUUUUAUUUUCAUUCCUCUUCUUACUCCCCCCCUCAACAUAUUUGCUUUUCAUUCUUCUCCUCUUUCGUUUUUUUUUUCUUGUAUUCCUUCCUCUUCGUAUCCUUUCUUUCUCACUGUUUUCUUUUCAUCUUCAUUCCCUAUUUCUUUUGAAUUUUACAUGUUAUCUUUCUUAUUAUUCUUCUUCCUCCCACAGAUAGUCUCUUUUCCUUCUUCUAUUCUGUAUAUUUCUUGUCUUCUUCCUUUUUUUUCUUCUUUAUCAUUCACACUUUUUCUUUUUCAUUCUCAUUCUCCUUCCCUUUGGCUUUUUCUUGACAUCUUUCCGACUCAACUCAUUCUCUUCGUCGUCUCUUUGCAUUUUUCUCUUGAUGGUCCUUUCCAUUCUCUUUCGCUUCCGCGUUUUUCUCUUUAUCUUUCUUUUCCUUAUUCUUUUUCUUUCAUACGCUUUUCUUUUCCUUCACCUUCUUCUGUCUUUUUUUUAUUGAUUAUUAUUUUUUUCUUUAACGCAACAGUUCCUUUUUCUUUCUCUUUCACUUUCGCUUUUUUCUUGUUAUCCUUCCUCCUCUUAUUCUUCCACCUUCACAGUUUCAUUUUACUUCUUUUUCUCUUUCGCUUUUCUCUAUUUUUCUUUCCUUUUAUUAAUUUUUCUCUUUCACACAGUUUCCUUCUCAUUCUCUUUCUCCUUCUCUUUAGUUUUUUUUUUUUUUUCUUGUGUUCCUUCCUCUUGGUAAUACUUUCUUACUCACCCCGUUCCCAUCGCCCUCUCCUUCCAUUUCUCUCUUGA